UUUCCCGUUCAUUCAAUUCAAGAGAAGCGGCAACGUGUAAAAAUAUUUUUCUUCAUUUUGAAAAAUGAACGAAAAUACUGAUUCAAAUCAAGUUGUAAAAUACGCUUGCAAAUUGUUUUCAGAGUUUUUCAAAAUCGAACCAACAAUAUGUAGUUCUGCACCGGGUAGAGUUAAUUUAAUAGGAGAGCAUACCGAUUAUAAUGAUGGCUUUGUGUUGCCUAUGGCACUUCCUAUGGUGACCGUCAUUGUUGGUAGAGCUAAUCAGAGCAAGAGAUGUCAUAUUUUUACAAGCUGUCCAAUGAUUGAUGAACCUAGAGAAGUUGAGUUCAUAAUUCCUGAUGAUGAAACCAAAGGCUUUCUCUGUCCUGGUAAACCUGCAUGGGCAAAUUAUCUUAAAGGUGUUGUUGCCAAUUUUAAAGGUAAAUUGUGUGGCUUUGAUGCCUUUGUUGCAACUACUGUGCCUGUUGGAGGGGGACUCUCCAGUUCUGCUGCUUUGGAGGUGGCAACUUAUACAUUUUUAGAAGGCUUAAGCAGUGAAACAAUAUCAUUAAGUCUUGCUGAUAAAGCUCUAGUUUGCCAAAAAGCAGAACAUGAAUUCGCUGGUACACCAUGUGGGAUUAUGGAUCAGUUUAUUUCCUUCAUGGGCAAGAAAGACCAUGCUCUUCUCUUAGACUGCAGAUCACUUGAGUACAGACUAAUAAAUUUUAAAAAUCCCAGUGUUACAGUGCUGAUAACUAAUACCAACGUUCACCACAAACUGGCUGAAAGUCAGUACUCAAAUAGGAAGAAACAGUGUGAAAAAGCAGCAGAAAUUCUUGGGAAAUCUAGUCUCAGGGAUGUAACAGUCCAAGAUCUUGAAAGUCAUAAAACUGAAUUAGGAGAUGAAAUAUAUUUUAGAGCUCUACAUGUUGUAACAGAAAUUGAAAGAACAGUUCAAGCGUCGAAAGCUCUUCAAGAAGAAGAUUUUGUCCAAUUUGGAAGACUCAUGAAAGAAAGUCAUUAUUCAUUACGGCAGUAAAUUUUUCCACUUUAAUGUCUUCAAAACGAGUAAGAAAAAUAUUGUUUUUAAGUUUUUCAAUUUUUUUUCUUUUAUCAUUUUCUAAUUGUCCCCUUGUUUCAUGGCUUUUUUCCCCCCAAUGCUCUUCCAAAAAAUAUGAAUAAUUCUUCAAGAUCAGUUUGACUUUUUUUUUGCCUUUCCUUUAACUUCACUCUUUUAACUAAGCCAUUCUUGUUUUAGAUGAGAGAUUCAUUGUCAAGAGGGGAUAUAGCUGGAGUAUGCUUCAAAAUAUUUACUUCAUGCUGCAUCCACUCAUUUUAUUAUAUUACAUUCCAGGGUCUCCAGUACCUACCAGUGGCGGCGCGGAGAGCAAAAGUAGACGUCGGCGAUGCCAUUUUCCGAGGCUCUUUUAAUUAUAAAAUAUUCUCAGACAAAUAAUUGAAUUCAUGGAAUUAUUUUUGUACUAACUAUUGGCACUCAGGGUUCCCAAUUCACUUAACUGCUAGGACAAAAACCUUUUUGUGACUAGUAGCGCAAUCAAAAAGAAGUUUUUUUGGUGGGAGGGCAGCACAUUGAAAGGGAAAAAAUGACUUGGUAGAAAGGGUGGUCCGGGGGUUCUCCCCCGUAAAAAUUUUGAAAUUUGUAGUUUAAAAUCAUCAUUUUAGGCUUUCUUUGCUGAUGUUAGGGGAAAAAAGGUACAGGGGGUCUCAAAGGUGGUAUGGGGGACCCUUGCCCGAAUAUUUUCUAAAUUCAAGCCUUAAAAAUGCAAUUGUAAGGCCAUAUUUUGUAACAUUAGGUCCGGUAAAUUUUGUAAUUCAAGCUAAAAAAACGCAAUUUCAAUCUAUUUUCAAUGUUUAGUAUUUGGGGGCUUUAAGCUGGAAAUAUCGCCAAAUUUAAGGUCUGGAAACGAAAUUUCAGUUGCACCAUAAUGCUUUCGGUGUCUGUGUGGGGGGGGGGGGGAGUUCGGAGGUGCAGCAUUUUGAAUAUUUUCUUACUUUUAGACCAACUUAGGAAACAAGAGAAAAAAGAGGGGGGGGGGGAGAGAGAUAGAGUUAGCUGAUCAAUAAGCUGUUGCCAUUGAAUAUUUUUAAUUCAGACACCGACAGAAUUGGGCCAAAUAUUUGCUAAGGCUGGCUAUGUGCAGUCUCCCCUGCACGCACUAUUUUGAUUACUUUUGUGUCUGUUGUAUUUAUUAUGAGCUUCAAUCUAAAACAUGGAAAUAUCUUAAAACUUCUGAGAAUUUUAUGAGGCCCUAUCUGCGCGAGGCAGUUGCCACUGCCUAGCGCCGCCACUGGUACCUACCACUACACAUGGUCAGGGCCGUUUGGCGGGGGGGGGGGGGGGGGGGAGACAUGAGAGGGCGCCUUGUAGUAAAUUUUAACUACAUACCUAUUUUGCUUUUAAUGUUAUUCCUUUUAAGUUUCUAUAAGAUGUUAACACAGUAGAUAUAUUAGUAAUAAAUUAAUUUCUUGUCUUGACCUUGAUAAGGGCUAAGUUUAGUUCCAAGUUGCCCUAUGUUAGUCUAUCGGUAUCUAUAGGCAUGAAGUAGAAAACUUCAUGUUCUCCUUAUUUUAAUCGGUUAUUGUGGUUUUAGAUUUUAGACAAACAUUUCUUUUACUAUUUCAUAACUGAACUAGAAGUAAAAACAUAAAAUUUUAAUCUCAAAGUGGCAAUUUCAGAUUCAAAAACAACUUCCACUUGGGAAAAUAUUAGGCAACAAAACCAUUGGCUGAUACAUGUUAUUAGUUUGAGCAAAUUAGCUGGUCAGCACGAGUAGCUUUUACAGAAGGUUUGAUGGAUAAUCAAGUCAGCUGACUGCCAAUGCUAGUUCUUUUCCUAUUAGUAGCCUAUGUGUUAUUGAACUAAUUAGUCAUCUUUUUUUCUUAAUAUAUGAAAAUUCAAGAGUAAAAGAAACCUUUACCCCAAAAUCAGUCCCUCCACAACUCUGCAGCCCUGGUCACGAGUCCCAACGCCUUAUGGAUCAGGCCACCGCAGAUCCUGCAUCUAAUCCAGGGGUCCGCUGACUGCGGCAUUGAAAUUCUUAGGGGGGGAGGGGAUGUUUUAAGAGGUAUUUUUGAUUUUUUUUGCAGGGGAGGGUCUUUACAAUAUUGGGGGGUGUGGGUGCCCUUGCUCUAGGUGGGCACCCCUGUGUAAUUAACUAAAACCUAAAUCAUGUCCAAGAUUUAAUUUUUGCCGUGAUUUAUAUGAGAAUACAAGUCAUAAAAAUCAUUAAGGAAUGAAAGGAUACAAAUGGUUUUCAUAUUUUUUUCAAUCAAUAUUUAGAGCAAAUUAGUGCACCUAUCAAUAUAAUUGAAAUGUGCUACUCACAUUUCUAAUCAUACUAUAGUGAGGUAAGAACAAAGUGAAGCCAUAGUAAAUGAGAUAUUCCUAUACAUGCAUGGUAUAAAUGAGUUAACUAUGUUAUAAGAAAGUCGACUGCAUACAUGUGAUACAUUAAUUUGCCACUUGGCUGAAUAUUUUUUAUGUAAAAAACAUUUUUAAAAAGUAUAUGAAUAAACAGAAAAUGCCUAUUUUUCAAAUACAUUUUUAAAGAUAUUUUAAAAGAAAUAAGGUUUUAUAUUGGUAACAUAACAGGUCUCUGUUAUAUUGUUAUAAUUGUGAUUAUAUAAUGUGAUAAAACUCAACACAUCAAGACCAAUAAA